AUGUCUGAAAACCCCGCCACAAACGGAGCCACAACGCCCGUCACCCCCAAGAUGAGUGGCCUGGCUUUGACCGAAUAUACCGCCGCCCCGACUCCCCCCGGAGAACGCGCCCCGCGAGUCCCCGGGGUACCUCCAGACUGGGGCAUUCCUGAUGCGUAUUUGCUUCCCAAUGGCUACCCGGAUUACCUGCGAAUGAUCUUAACGUCACGAGUGUACGAUGUUAUCGAAGAGACCCCCCUCCACCAUGCUAUCAAUCUGAGCAACCGACUCGAGAGUCGAGUCCUUCUCAAGCGGGAGGACUUGCUGCCGGUUUUCAGCUUCAAGCUUCGUGGUGCAUACAAUAAGAUGGCUCACUUGAACGCGGAACAGCGGUGGAAGGGCGUGAUUGCAUGCUCGGCCGGCAACCAUGCGCAGGGCGUGGCUUACUCUGCUCGCAAGCUGAAAAUCCCCGCGACCAUUGUCAUGCCCUCUGGCACCCCUGCCAUCAAGCACUUGAAUGUCGCCCGCCUGGGAGGAAGUGUGGUGCUCCAUGGAAAUGACUUUGAUGCUGCCAAGGAGGAGGCACACAGGCUGGAGAAGCAGCAUGGACUAACUAAUAUCCCGCCAUUUGAUGAUCCGUACGUCAUUGCCGGUCAAGGUACCAUCGGUAUGGAGCUCUUGCGCCAGGCGAACUUGGAUAAGCUGGAGGCGGUCUUCUGCGGCGUUGGCGGCGGCGGUCUGAUUGCUGGUAUUGGUGUGUACCUCAAGCGCAUUGCACCCCAGGUCAAGGUCAUUGGUGUUGAGGCUUACGAAGCCAACGCCAUGGCCCAGUCGUUGGAUGAGGGUCAGCGGGUCUUCCUCAAGGAGGUUGGCCUCUUUGCGGAUGGUGCUGCUGUGAAGUCUGUUGGAGAAGAGCCUUAUCGGGUCAGCCGGGAGGUUAUUGAUGAUAUUAUCCAGGUUUCUACCGAUGAGAUCUGCGCUGCCAUCAAGGAUGCCUUUGAGGAUACGCGGUCCGUCAUCGAGCCCGCUGGCGCGCUCAGUCUUGCUGGUCUGAAGAAAUACAUCGCCAAGAACCCCAGCCCGGACACUAAGCGUGAGCUGAUUGCCAUCACCUCGGGUGCGAACAUGGACUUCGACCGCCUUCGCUUUGUUGCCGAGCGUGCCGCUCUUGGUGAGAAAAAGGAGGCGCUGCUCAGCGUCAAGAUCCCCGAGGCGCCUGGUGCAUUUGCCAAUCUUGUUGAGGCCAUCCUACCCCACGCCGUGACUGCUUUCAGCUACCGCUAUGCUCGCGAGGAUUCAGCCGAUGUUCUCAUGGGGAUUUCUCUGUCUGCCCUAACUGGUCGUGAGGACCUUGCCAAGAUCAUGCAAGAGCUGGAGAAGAGCGGAAUGACCACCCGGGACUUGAGUGAUGAUGAGCUCGCCAAGCGCCACGUGCGUUUCAUGGUUGGCGGCCGCUCUGAGGUGGCCGAUGAGCGUCUGUUCAUGUUCGAGUUCCCCGAGCGCCCGGGUGCCCUAGCUAAGUUCCUGACUACCCUCCGCCCUAACCAGAAUAUCUCUCUGUUCCACUACCGCAACUACGGUGGCGAUGUGGGCAAGGUUCUGGCUGCGAUCCAGUGCCCCGCUGCUGAGAAGGAUGAUCUCGAGUCUUUCCUCCGGGAUCUGGGCUAUCCGUUCAGCGAGCACACGGAUUCGCCUACCUACCAGACCUUCCUGCGUCCGCAAUGA